UCUAUUGUAAAAUGGCCACAAGUAACGUGUGAUUAUACAGCAACAAAAGAAACAGCACCACCACAUUUAUCUUGUGAAUUGAAUGUCGUUCAAGUUAUGGACGUUAUGGUGUAUUUUAUUUUAGAGAUUAAAAAUAAACAUUAUUUUCUAUACGUAUUCCUAAUAAAUCAAAUCAGUCUUUUUAAUCGCGGGUAUUCUAAACAAAACAGCGGGACCCUCUUCAGAUACAAGCGUAACGACAAUCAGUCUCCAUGGUUACCUCCUACUCUGUGGGUUAGAGUAGGGUCACAACCACCCCAAACUUCAAGCUACGCCCCACCAAGCCACAACCCACGGCACCGUAACAGCCAUUUACUUACGUUACUUCCAGAGAGCCAUAACCUCUGGAGAUCAUCUAACCAAUCAAACCUAAAAACUCGGUCUUUCAGCGCCAAUCCGUUGAAAGAGGCGGGCAUGGUGUCUUGACGGAUACAGAGUUUCUUCAAUCCCACAGCUAGUGUGGCCUUGAGAGUGUAGGCAGGCCUCUGUAUUUUUAACCAAUGACGUGAGACACUGAGUGACACUGCUUAGUUUUAAUUGGUUUAGAAGACUCACCAGCGCUUCCGUUUUGAAAACGUUACGGGUAAAGAACUUCAAUUAACUUAAGACUUUAGGUUCCAUGCCCCCGUUUCUUACAUAUAGUUCAGUGUAAAGCUGUGUCUCUGGUUAAGUCUACUACAUGUGGAACUAUGGUUCAACAGGUUACAGAAAUGCGAAGCUAAAGGGUGUUUUUUAAUGUGUUGUGGUGGCGAUGUUUGAAUUUCUAUUGUUUGACAUACGAAGAUUAACAAAUAGUCGAGUCAACUCCAGUGAUAAUUAACGUAUAGUUUUACACUUAAUGAGAACAAGAAGAAGUCUUCAAUUACGAUUAAGGCGAGGAUGCUGGUGUCCUGAAAUGGCAAGACAAGGGCUUAAUAAACCUCACAAGGUAAUCUCUUCAGGGAGGCUGGCUGGCUCUGUGAAGGGGCCAGUGGGGAAAAGGAGAGUGCCUGGAAGACGUGAAUCAGAAGCUUCUGUCGAUUCUGGUUAUUCACUUUAUUCCACGGACUCUGAAGAUCAGGUUACGACCAUACAUAAGGGCUUAGACCGGUGUGCUGCAUUAUUACAAGGUAUUCUUCAAAAGGAAAAAGCAGAUGUUAAGCCUGCAAACUCAAAGCCAGGAAGAGCAGCUGCUUCAAAACCCCAGUCAAAAGUAACGUUUGGGAAGGGAGUGAAUGGGAAAAGAAAGCAGCAGAGAAGGACUGUGCCAAUCCCUCAAGUGCAGAAAGCAGCAGCAGCAGCAGCUCCUGUGGUGAAGUCCUCUUUAUACCCUGGAUUAGAAGAUAAUAGAUGUCUAAGCAUCUGUAAUAAUGCAGUGCAAGCACCUGUUGCUCAGCCUGUGCUGGUCCCAAUUGCCCAGGGUUCACUCGAGGCUCAGCUAGGUCUGUCUGAAGACGUCCAAACACAAAUGUCUCUGCUCAGCUGCCCCGUGCCAGGAAACUCGAUCCCCACUCAACCGGCGCACAAAGGACCACAGACUGCAACAGUAUUUAACAGUCGCUUGACUACCUCCACUCCUACUUUGUCCCCUCCUCAUUCUGGUAAUCCGUUUUACAUUCAAACUAACCUGUCCAAUGAUAUGAAUUGUCAAGUAACUUCACAAGGAGGGGUCGCUCACUUUCUCCAACAAAUGAGGCCUGUCACUGCAGUUUCCACAGUGCAGCCUGUCAGUCUACCUCUAUUAGUGCAGCCAUUAACUGCACCCGCUGAGACUGUAGCACAGAGCAUACCCCAGCCUCCGUGCAACAGUGAAACAGGUGGUGUGGGGCAGUCACCCCACGAGUCACUAAAGGAUCAGGCCUUGCUGAGGCAGAUCCACAUGCACCUUGAGCACCGGCAGCAAGAACCCAGUACUCAACAUGUAGCAUCGCAAGCCCCACAUCAAGGGCAGAAUCUUCUGUCCAGGGAAACAUCAGAAGACAGCGAAGGAACCACAAGUGAUGAAGACGGACUAGACUGUGUAGACAUUACUCCAGUGAAGGACACCAGCUGUCAGACUAGCUUUGAGAAGCCGAAGCUGUCAAGUCGAACAAAAAAGAUGAGUCCAGAACAGACAGCCAAAAAAGUGAAGACUGUGAAGUAUCUUCUAGGAGAACUAAAGGCCCUUGUUGCCGAUCAAGAUGACUCGGAGGUUCUUCGGCUAAUAAGUGAAGUUGAAGAGAGCAUCUCCUUGCUUCCUGUCAUGGUUGGAAGUACAAACAUCCAGGCUGAAAUCGCUCUGGCUCUGCAGCCCUUGAGAAGUGAGAAUGCACAGCUGCGGAGGCGCCUGAGAAUAGUGAAUCAACAGCUGAAGGAGCGUGAAAGAGCAGAAAAGGAAUCAAGAUCUUCUGACUGCAAUUUUGAGAUAAUCUCUUUGCAGUCUAUGAACAUGGCACUACAGAGCAAACUACAGGAGUCCCAGAAGGGUUUUGAAGCACUACAGAAAAGAAAUGAAGAACUCGUUCAAAUAAUUGAAGACCAGCGUCAGGAAAAAAGCCUACUGCUGAAGACCAUCGAGGAUAAAGACAAAGAAUUACAACAAAGGAGGCAAACAUGUGAGGUGGACACAGCCAGGGUUAAAAUGGAUGUAGAUGAAGCCUUGUCACAGAUGAAGAGUUUUCAAUUUAAGUUAGAGGCAUCAGAGAAGGAAAACCAUGUCUUGGCUGUAAGUCUUCAGCAGCGAGAUGCAGAAAUCAGCAGACUACGUGAACUAACCAGAAGUCUUCAAGGACGUAUGGCCAGACUUGUAUCGGAACUUAAUCUGGAAAAGAAUGUCCCUAAAACCAGCACACAUCUGACUAAAACUCUUUUAGAUUGUUAUGAUUAUCAGCAAAAGGCAAGCUCUGCAUCUGAUUCUGUCUCAAACGCAAUAAACAUGUAUCUUAAGACUUUAGAAGCUAAUCAACAUUGUUUCCUUCAGGAAGGCAUGCCUACUUUUUGUGAAUCUAAAGAAAAUGGUGGACUGUCUACUUGGAGGAUUGGAGACAGCUUUGGCAAUCCAGAGGAAAACUCUUCUCCGAUGAAAGCUUGUAUGACAACUCCUUUAACUGAGAAUGGUCUUAGUUUAGGUUCAAACAGGGAAGCAGAGCUGGACAAGACCACAUAUAUUCCACUCAAGGAGACCGUAAGGAAGCAGCAGUACUCAAGUGAUGCACCAAUGAUGCCUUCUGCUCACUGCAGCAGCAACAAAAAACCAUACGAUUCUAAAAGAAACCCUAGUGAUGACAUAGUACAAUGUGUUAAGCCAAAACACCUAGAUUGUGCCUUUGAAAAACUGCACAUCUCAAAAGGUCCAUUGUCAUAUAGGGGAGAUUCCCUACAAAGUCCAGGAAAAUCUUCAAAUACUCCUUCAAGUGACACUGAUGGAGCAUUACUAAGACCUUUGGGUAGAACAGACACUGUUGCAGGUGGUAAUAGUAAUCAUUUCCAGCACUUUGUUCCAUGUGAUGAAAACAGAGGACAGGUAUUUAAUAGAAGAUCGUCAACUUUUAAUUCCACGUUUUCAUCAUUUGACAUUAGAUCUGUUGCUUCAGACGGGAGUAUGAGUUCAGUUUCCACAUUCAACACCCGGGAUGAACAGGAGUUCAGGAAUGGACUUGCUGCGCUUGAUGCCAGUAUAGCCAGCCUGCAGAAAACAAUCCAGUCUGACCUGAAGAGAUGAAACUGUUACUAGUGUAUCACCAUCAUUUUCUUUAUUUGUAGUUGUGUAAAUCUGAUGUGUACAAAAAAACUGUUUUUAAAACCACAAAAUGAGACUUUUUCUGAUGUUGAUGCAAAUUCAAACAAUGUCCUCUAAUCAUUAAUUUAAAUGAUUUUAUAUUUAAUAUAUUUAAAAUAAAGUGGAAAGCUUGUUUUAACAUUUUUUUUCCUGUGUAAUCUCAAUUGGAAAGGGAUGCUUCAGGUGAAAUAAUCAGACACCAGUAUUGUCAGAUUACAACUAAUGCCAAACUGGAACUCUGUGAAUUAAGUUCACUUAAUACUAAUUAAGAACACUUAAAGUGUUCAGUGCUGAACUCUGUAGCUUUCAAGGUAUGCCAGAAAUCCUUAUUAAGCAAAAUCAAAUUAUAAUGAAGUCCUAUUCUUAAUGUUAAAAGGUAGAGAGUGACAUUUAAAAUUCAGCACUUAAAAGGAAUUAAGUGAGAAACAUUUUUUCCUGAGUUACUGCAACUCUCUUGCGACAUAACUCAUUUUUGUUUAACUUCAAGAAAUAAAAGUUAAUGCUUUAAA